AUGAUUCAAAAACGAUUCGACCGGGCGGAGACGGUCGAACUGCUUUCAAUUCCAAGGGAUGAGGAACCAUUGGGGCCAGACUCGUCGAGCGAAGCCGGGAAAGACAUCAGCGACCUGGAGGCAGUUGAAUCGACGCGAAAACACAACAAGAAACGCAAAACAGAAAACUGGAAACGGUCGCUAUAUCUAGGAUCGCUAGCGAGUGCUAUAGUACUAUUAUUCAAUGUUUCCUUUGUCGCCUGGGCCGUGUCACAUCAUGAUCUCACAGAAAACCGCGGAGUGCUCUACACCGGCGACUGUACCAAGACCAAGAGAAUGAGUACCGGUAUUCACUUGGUCAUCAACAUUCUAAGCACUGCUCUGCUUUGUGCGAGUUCCUAUACUAUGGUAGAGAGAAGUUGCUUUUACCUGCAGGCAUGGUGCUUCAGUCCUGACUCUAGACAGCAAUGCCUGUGCGCCCCUACACGCACGGAGAUUGAUCGCGCACAUCUGAAGAAUCAAUGGCUGGAUAUUGGAGUACCUAGCGUGCGGAACUUAUUUCGGAUCUCAAAGGUGAAACUCAUUCUCUGGCUAAUUCUAGCGCUAUCAUCUCUACCGCUUCACCUAUUCUACAACUCGACCAUCUUCUCGACAAUCACAAACGUCGAGUACGAAAUCUUUGCAGGAAACAAGCCGUUCUCCGAUUUCAAUGCGAACACCGUCCGGCCACCUCACGAUGAUAUAGAAACGGAUACCGUCAGGUAUAUGAACCCCUACUUCUCAUUCGCAAGAAUGCUCGAGAAGGGACAGCACGGCGAGCUCUACCCCCUGAAAAAUGCCGACUGCAUGUCCGCUUACGCCACGAAUUUCCAAAAUGAAUACGGCAGCGUACUUUUACUCACCGACGACUUUCACCCAAACGACACCGACUUCGACUUUCUCUCGUACCAGGGACCCUCUACCCCCAUGAGAGGAAACAAUCCAUACGCUUGGAUGUGUUGCAACCACACCGUGUAUGCCUGUGAUAUGCAGACAAUAUGCCGCGACCAGCUUCCUGAGAUCCGUGCGCAUGUCGACAACUGGAUAGUCGGUGGCUACCGCGUGAAAUCUUGCUUAGCAGAAAGGAUUCCGGGGAAAUGCAAACUGGAGUACAGUCUGCCUUUGGCUAUUAUUGUUAUCGUUUUCAAUAUUGUCAAAGCAAUCAUCAUUUGCGCCGUGGCUCUCACCAUGACCGACUUGCCCCUUCUCACAACCGGCGACGCGCCAAUAGUCCAUCCUCCAGGCCCAUCUCUUACAAAGCCACACCCCAAAGAUGGCGCCGCAGUCUCAAUAGUCCGAUGGAUCAUCUGCAUAAUAUGCUACACCAUCGCCAUCGCGAUCUGCAUCGGGCUGCUAUGUUUCGGGCUCAGCCAACUCGGCAACAAAGGCCAGAUCUGGUCUGGACUCGGCAUCACAAACACAGACACCCUCAUCAGCGGAAACACCUGGCCGCCGUCGCUGAUUACCAACACCAUCAUCGCAAACACACCCCAAGUCGUCUUCUCCAUGCUCUACUUCGUCUCCAACAGCGUCCUCACGGCCAUGACCCUCGCCGCAGAAUGGAGCAACUACGCACUCCACCGCAAGGGCCUCCGCGUCUCCUCGACCCCGCAGCUCCCAGCGCACCACAUACUUUCUUUCGCUGCCCUACACCUACGCCAUCCCGCUGCUGGUUUUCUCCACCGUGCUGCACUGGCUCAUAUCCCAGAGCCUGUUUCUCGUCAAUGUGGAGACGUAUAA